UGUGAACAAGCGACAUUUUGUUAUUUUUUGUAUUGCCAUCCCAGACACGAUCAAUACUAUUUGUUUCACAUCAUAGGUACAUAGUAUUUCGCGGGUGUCGUGGCUGAAAAGCGUUUGUGGUGCGACUAAAAUUAUUAAUUUGGGCACAUUGGUUUCCUAUGUUUGAAAUCGAGCGUAUACGUGGGCAAUUUGAGCGUCGGGUUUUCAGUACUUUGAUCAUUGUGUGUAGGUACGCGUAGAAAGAAGGACUGAAAGUGUACAGUUAGCCGUGAAUAGGGCGUCGGCGUGUCGGAAGACGCGGGUGGAGUUUCAGGCAGAGAUGGCGAUGCCUGAGCAGUUUUCGCUGCGAUGGAACGACUUCCACUCAAACUUGUCGCAGUCUUUUCAAGCGUUGCUGGAAGGCGAAGACCUAGUAGACGUGACGCUGGCUGCGGGUGGGCAGUACGUGCACGCACAUAAACUCAUCCUCUCAGUAUGCAGCCCAUAUUUUAAGGAACUUUUUAAGAUGAACCCCUGUGAACAUCCUAUCGUGAUCCUGAAAGAUGUGGCUCAUCAAGAACUCCGACAGCUCCUUCAAUUCAUGUACAGAGGUGAAGUUCACGUUCGUCAACAGGAGCUCUCGGGGUUCCUGCACAGCGCUGAGCUGCUGCAGGUCAAAGGCCUCACCGGGGGUCGUGAGCGGAGUGAGUCACCGCCGCCUGUCCGCCCGCCCACCGAGGAGCCCCCGCGCCCGCAGCCCCCGCCCGCGCCAGAGCCCCAAGCCGAAGCGCCUCCCGAGUGGGUGCCUGGCGGUGAAGACACCAUCGCCACUGAACAGCAAGCCGAGCCGAACAAUGCCAACCUCAAAGACGAUGCUACUCGAAGCCCACUGAAACGCUUGUUGAAGAAUACUCCUCAGAAGAACAGCUUCAACACGAAGAAGAAGCCUCGCGCCACCAACGACAGUCCCACGCACCCGGAGAACACAGACUAUGCUUACGACGGCGAACCUCUAAUUGACUUCGACAACGAACUCUUUCAUACUGUGAUGGUAUUACCUGAAUCUGCUAAAGAAUCUGGGGGUGCAGCGCAAACGAAACGGUACAAUUUCCGACCAAUACGUGUGGUGGCGCCACAACCAAAACCAUCUGCCACCAAAAGACAACUAAAGAGGAAAUAUAAAAAAAGAAAAAAGAAUCAGAAGAAAAGGGCCAAACCGCUACCCAAAGCCAAGCGUGUGGUGGUGAAACCACGUAAAACUCAUAAAAAGAAUCUGCAGAAACGUUACAAUUUGAGAUGGCGUGGGGUGGGGGCGCCUAAACCUACCACCACUCUCAAGAAAAAGGAACGCUGUAAUGUGUGUAAAAAAUGUUGGAACAUGAAGACAGGAGGUGUGAAGUGUCCUUCGUGCCAUCGGUUCUUCGCCAAUCGUUACAACCUGAAGGUGCAUAUUAGAGACAAGCACGACACACGAGAAGGCACCCUCCAGUGCGACAUUUGCCACAAGCGUAUGCGGAAUCCUUCGUGCUUGCGCGUUCACAUGUACCACCACCGCAAGCAGGCAGCAUACCUAGCCCAGUUCAGAGGACAAGGAGACGAGAUGAAACAUGUGCCGCAAAACUUGACGACAUGGCGCCCCCAGGGAUUGUUGGGCUACUUCAGUUAUAGGGAAGCUUUUAAGAAAGUGGCGAAUAUGGCCAAGUGGCGUACCGAGGGAGCCAUCGGAAACAUUGAUUACAGGGAUGCCGAUCACAUCCCCGCCGUGCCGGCCGCCGAGACUUCGAACAAGCCCUCCCAAGCCGAGCCGACCUCCCACGCCCAGGGAGUGCCCAAGACGGAGGCCGACUCUGAGGCCGCAUGAUUAAGAUCGAGUAUCGUGUGCGCUUCCCGGCGUGACGAUAUCGCAACCCCAGCACAACUCUAUAUGAUGUUUACGCAACAGGUCUACUGGCGCAAUGGUGUUUUCAUGACCACCUACAACAACUUUGUACAUCAGUGACUCGUCUAUCAUAUUUAUCACACGGGCCUGAUAUUCCAUAUUUAAUCUGUAGUGACGUAGAUUCUCGGGCAAAGCCCGCUCGAUAUUUAACCACUUAGAAGUAUUGUUAUGUUCUUUGUACGUACGUAUAUACGUGCACAUGCACCAUUCGUAGUAUACAUAGUGUAGUCGUUUGAAAAUUGUGAGCUGAGCUGUCAAAGUUUUCGUCAGUAUUGUCACGGUGCUCUUGGAAAGAUUUUAGAAUAUAAUUUUUGAGAACGUGCGGUUUUGAAGCGCCGGGUAGCGCCCGUUAUUGUUAAGAAAGGUGGGGGAACAAUUGGUAAUAUAAUAUCUUAAAAUUAAUGAGAUUAUCGGGACUCAUAUCCGAAAGUUAGCGUAGUACUAAUAAUGUUUGUAAUAAAAUAGGCACUACAAAAUAAAUGAUCCAAAGACUGAAGCAUCCGUAGAGACGUAUAUAAGUAAUAACAUUUAAAACGUUUGCAAUAAAAUUUUUACCUAGUGUGUUUAUGGUAAACGCAAAGCAGGGUGUGACUUUGGCAGGAUUAAUACGAUUUUUGUACUUACACACACUUCUUUUGUACGCCACCAUUAAACUAUCGCUAAUUUUAGGUAAUAUUCUCACGCCAUAUCUGUAUACUGCCUACAAAAAUAAUUACAUAAGAUUUAUAUUAACUUUAACAUUUCCAUCGUAGAUCUUUGUUUUGUACAAAUUUGAGUUCACACCCGUCGCUCACAAAUCAUUUAACUUAAGAGCGUAAGAUACGACACUUGUGCCGCCUCUAAUUAAUCUGAAAGCUACAAUAGGCCCUAUUGGGCAUAAAGCUUCGCGACGCAUUACGAUUUAAUUUUGUUCAAACAUAGCAAUAGUUUGGUAUAGAGCAUUUAAAGUUGUACCCUGUAGUAUUGCCAGAUAAAAGUAUUAUUAAAUAAAUGUUUACAAAAAGGACUGAUUUAAAAUCAAGUGUACAACUCGCAGAUGGUUUGGUCUUGUAAAGAGCGAGCGUGGUUAGUGUCACUUCGUUCUGGAUACCACUGGAGCGGAGGAUAUUAGCUCUCGCUAUUUGCAAUUUAUAAUAAUAACUACCGACCAAGGCGCAAGACUGGGUUCACAGGGCUUAAGUCUAAUCGUAUUGAGCAGUUGCCCGUUCGUUACGUUGAACAUAAAACCGUUCACACGACGUUUGUAAUGUAAUAACAACCACUUGUGAAUGGUUUUGUGAACGUACGAACCACACUCUUUCCAUGGAACUCAUGCUACUAAAACCAUGCUUUAGUGCCACGUGAAUCUAGUUUAAAGACCAGCGUAUUUUUGAGAAAUAAUUUAAAGAUUGGCUCUCUGAAAAUUCACUUGUCUUUACAUCUUGGCCGUUGCGUACACGCUAUAAGUAUUAGUGUCGUCUCGAUGUGAUUUUGUGAUUACGUAUAAUUAUAAUCGUCAUAUGUCGCGCAGCUUUUAUUAGGUUCAAUACAAUAUUAGAAAGUACAACUUAUUGUUAUUUAGGCAGCUAGAUCGAACACGAGGUAGUUAUUACUUUUAAUGUUGCCAUUCAUAAAUGAGGUGUAAUGAAAUUGGUUACAAUUUCGUUUGAGCCAAAAUUUGACACGCGUUGAGCUCGACGCACCAUCGACAAACAUAACCUUACAGUACAAAAUACGAUAUUUGUGUAUAAUAAUCAUAUGAAUAUAUGCUUUACUUAGAUUUUAAGUUUUUUACGUUAAUGUAAGGUCAUUUUUUAAUUAAGAACAGAACAAUUUUUAUACGUACAAUAUUAGUUCAGUAGCGAUAUAUAUAUUUUUACAUAAUUUAAUUCAUGAUGAUAUUUAUCAUUAUACAAGGGUUGUUUAGGUUUGUUAAGAAAAUUAUUUACCUCAUCGUUCGAAAUGACUGUUUUUGUAAGAUUUUGUCUUUGGUUCAACGUAUUGUUUUUAAACAUGGUAUAUUUAGUUUGUCAUAAUAAAUAAAAACAAAGACGGUAUUCUGAUAAGACAACAAAUAAAUUACAACAAGGCACUACGAUAUAUAUAAGUCUAUCUCAACAUGUAUGUUGUGAUAGAUUCGUAUUUAAUGUAAGUGUCGACCAAGUAGACUUUCGAGCUUGGAAAAAAGCUUUAAUGUUGAGAGACACGUCCCAUCGUAAUAAAGUCGAAAGUUAUCGUAGUCAUUAGGUCUACUAGAGGUGAACCCACGGCUCGAGCGACCGGGCUGCCGCCGGCGCAUUUUUUUGUAUAUUUUGCACUCGCCCCACGGUCGCAAUAUAAGUCUCGAGCGAUUUUUUUACAAAAAAUAUAUUUACAAAACGUCAGAUUUUUUUAUAUAAUUUUGUGGUUUGGGAAAUUCUAACCAUUAAUCAUAAGGGGUAAUUGAACUAACACCUUGAUUUAAUUUAGAUUAAUUUUUUUAUUAUCUACAUUCCAUUAGUUUUAAGUGCGUAAUCAACCUGAUAUUAUCUUAGAUUUUUUAUAUCAAUAAUUUAAUUUAUAAGUGCAAGUAAUUUCUUCUACACACGAAAACAAAGGAGAUUAUUACGAAGUCGUAAGUGACAUUCCAUAACUUGGUAGGUUAGCAUUUAUAAUAUUUUUACCAAAUUUUUUUUAUACCAAUGCUCGUAUGUUAUAUAGUAUUGUGGUCAAGGAUGCAGCUGUAACAAAAGAAGUAUCGCUGGAACACACUUCUGGCCCGCUAUCGUAGGGUCUUGAGUGUAGCGAGUGUGUUCUGGCGUUUGCUUCGUUUAGAGAUAUUCGGUUUAAUACUCAGAUCAUGUGGCCAAAUAGUUUACUACUACUGUGCAUUUAGCACGUAUAUUACGCGUAUGCGCCGCGUAGGCCUCGAGGCGCGGCCUCUGUGCGCGUGCGCCUCCCAGACAUCACAAUGACAGCAUAAUACUAGCACGCCCACAGGGGGCGCCGGUCGACGGCUACGCGGCUCUACUCACAUUACCCAUACGUACUCCUUAAUAUAACAUUCCAUUUACUGUUUCGUAGGAAUAUGUGUGCUCAAAUAUAAAUGUCUAUUUAUACAUUACUGAUCUGUAUAUCCAUGACAUUAGUGUUAGCGUGUAGCGUUUAAGUGAUACAACGCGUGUACUCUCUAUUACAUGUCGACUUUAACAUGAUUGUGUGCAAUUAGUAUUCUAUUCACUUCGGCAUGCGAUAGUGGUCUAACGAAUAAUAUUAUAUCCGCAAGUUGACAUUAUUAGCAGCGAAACGUGGUUGUCAUUUUCUAUUCUUCGCCAUAAUAACAAUAUAAUAUUUAGUUUAUAUCUUUAAUUACUCAAGUUUUACCUCUGAUUAGUACUAUCUGUUCUUACAUUUUGCAACCAAUGGUAUUGUCAAAACUAUUUGUAAAACUCCGAAUACGUAGGACGAUGAAAUAAUUGUCAAUUUUUGUAGUGAGUUAUUAAGAUUAACUUCUAUCGGUGUUAAAGACGUCAUACGUUUUUGAUAAAAUGUAAAAGGACAAUAUAUUGUCUUACAAUUGGCCAGUAUUCUUCAAGACUUGAAAGGUUCAAUAUGCAGUGAUAUUAUUCGUCCCUCAGAGAUUGAAUCUCAAGAAAUAAGGCUGCUAUGAAUAAAAUUGUAGUUUUUAAAACUUAAAAAAAAGGAUACCACAAGGUGUUGUGUACUUGUUGGCAGGUAACAAACUCGUCAAGUAACUCUGGUUGUGUAUGUUGUGUAUCCUUCUUACUUUAAUUAUUUUGUCUCAGAAUACAAAGAACAAAAUUCACGAACCGCGAUUAUGAUUGCAUGGCAUGAUUAGUUAGUUUUGCAUGUAUGUGUUAAAACUGAACUGAACUGAACAAUAUCAGAAUUUAAAUCAACGUGAUUGAUUUGAUGAUUCGACUAAAAUAGAAAGACACAUUAAUUUAUGACUGAGUUACAUUAUGUACUCACGGCAUGACAUUUCGGCUGCUAUGAUUCGAAGCAAUAAUCACUGCAGUUAAACUUUUGUUUUUUGAUAUUUUACACAUUCCUUUACUUUUAAGUUUCUAUCACAACGAAAAUUAGGUGUUUAGCUAAAUCGUUUUCAUGCUCUCUAUAGUAAUGUGAUUUUUUAAUUAUCUACAAAAAAUGUACUAACUUGUGAUUCUGUAAUCUUAAAUUGCUUUAUGGAGUAAUUAGUGAUUGGUGAUUCUUUAAAAAACAUCGAGGGCCGUUACAGAAAUUUAAUACUCAUUUUGAUUGUAGCAUUGCAAAAAAUAAGAAUGAUGAAUUAGGAGACACUUAGGAUUUUCUUUCUUUUUUAUUUGAGUAUAUUUAUUUAUUUAUUUAAUUAGGACAACCAACAAGACAGACACAAAUUCAAGCAAAUAUAUUUUUUUAUAUACAUAUUAUAAUAUGUAUUCUAUGUUGUUUGACAGCAUAUUCGUACAUUCCAUUUACUCAGUUUUUUUUGUAUAUGUAUAUGUCAACGUGAAAUUGUGAACUCUGUCAGUUUAUAAUAUAACGCGUUAGAUUGUAAACUAACAGUGGGUUAGGUUAGGUUAGAUUGUAAUUUAACUACGUCAGAUUGUAAUCUGACGGAAUUCACAAUUUUACGGUGACAUAUAUAUUGCAUUACAGUAUAUUUUGUCGUGAAAACUUGAUGUGCUCCUAAAUUACUCAAAUACUUCUUUAUAUUUUUAUAUUAGCUUUAUAUACAUACAGUAAUAAAUUAUAAUUUUUGUAA